AUGUCGUCACAAUUCUGCAGUGACACCCUCCUCAAUAUUCUCCAAUUUUUGGAUGGUCCCAGUGUGGUUCAAUCUUGCAUGACUGUUUCUCACUUGUGGCAUCAAUGUGCAACAAGUAAUAUUUUGUGGCAUCAAUUGUUUGAUCAAGUAUUUCAUAAUUCAACAUUUAAGUGGGAUAAAACACAACAAGAAAAUUCAUCUUCAGAUACUGAGAGUAUUGAAACGAAUGAUCAUGAUGAUGAAGUAAAUUCCGAUGAAAGCGGUGAUGACGAAGAAAACGGUAAAAAACGAAAAGGCACAGCAACUACAACUAAGGGGAACAAAAAGAAAAAGCUUACAAUCCAUUCAUCAUUGGAACAGCACCAAGAUGGAUAUUGGUAUCAUCUUUUUAAAAGAUGUUUUUCCAUGUUGCCUGUUCUGGACGUUGAUCAUGCUGACCUGAUGAAACUUGCCCUCACUGAUCAAAGAGAAAAUAUUUCAGCAAUUACCGAUGUCAAGUUGCUUCAUCAAAUUAUCUUUCAAUUGCAAGAGCCAACCUAUGAAGAAUUGCCUUUAGUAGGCUCUUUUAAAUAUUAUGGGAUUUCUUUUGAGCAUGAUCAUGUGCAUCUACUUCUCGAACUUUGUGUGAUUUUAUCCGUAUUGUAUCAAGGAGCUGGUUAUUGUUAUUGGACAGAUCGAGUAGUGAUGAAAGCAAAAUCGCCCAACAAAACCAAACGAAAAUCAUUGCAAGACAUUGAGGAAAGGUUGGUGAUCUUACCUCUUGCUGCUUUUUGCAUGAUGAUAUUGAAUGAGAAGGCUACAGAUCAAUUAACUCUCACUGUUGAUGAAGACUGGUGUGUUUCUCCACUCGUCUCAUAUACUUCAGAGCUUGAAUUAUAUAAUCAUGAGGAUUUUUGCUACUUUGAUUUAAUGAAAGAUUGUGUAGAAGCGGAUGGAUAUGAUGGUCUCAUAUUCGAUGGAGACCAUUGCAGUGAUUGGGAAUGGUGUCCCAACCUCUUUCAAAGGUCAGGAUUAUUAUUCGAUUACAGGAAAAUUAAGGCGAAUUAUUUUGAAAACAAAGAUGAGGUAAUUGUGAAUGUAUUUCAAGACGCAAUGGAUUAUUAUGAUAAUUAA